UCGUCGAUCUCUUGCCCCUCCUAACCCUCCCACCGAGGCACUCAAACACCCUUUGCCUUCUGGAGGACCCAUUUCGCGGAUGUCGAUUGCCUUGAGGCUUCGUGGGCUGCUCAUGAUCAUUUGAUAGCGCGGGCCUUACACACGACACAGGGAGGACAAAGGUGGGAUCGUUGUGGUGGUGGUGCGUUCCUGUCUUCGCGGAAGCCUGGUCUUGUGCACUCUUCGGUGUCGAGUUUUUUGUUUACGAAUCUGAUUAUCUGAUUGGAUCCGUCUUGAUCACCUUGCGAGCGAGGAGCGUCAUCAGAUGCUGGUGCUGCUGUUCAUCUUUAGCUUUAGUGAUCAGUCUGCAAAGAGGGAUGGCAAGCAAGUGUUACUGCCUCGUGAGAGAUCCAUUGCUGGAGUCCUGAAAGCGGUGUCUGUGGAGGCUGCGAAGUUUUCUAUCGGUUUUUAUGUAUUUAUAUUUUCUAGUUCUAGAAACAUGGAAGAAAUCUACUAUUUGUUGUUGAAAGUAUGCAGUUGCGUUUGGGAAGGCAGUGUAGUUUCGGUGCCGUGGCGGUGAUGGUUGUGAACUAAGAGGGGAAGUAAAAGAUGGCCAGUCGGGGAAGUAGUUUUAGACGGCAAGAGGAGGCUGCUUGUGAGGGUUGAUAGAUUCUAGUAGAGAUCUGGGAGGUAAGUAGAGGGGUUGUAAACUAAUUAAGUUGAAGGUGAAUGAUGGCUCGUGCCACUGACUAUAUUCAUGACGAUCCGGGAUCCUUCACUGUGGUACAAGUGGCUGCUGGGGAAGCGCACACUCUUGCUCUCACAGCUAGUGGCAGCGUCUACACAUGGGGUCGAGGGCAAUUCGGACGUAUGGGUAUGGGAGUCUUUCAAGACGAACUUGAACCCACGCUUGUCGAGAUUGGAGCGACAGUGGAGGAAGACAAUGGCCUCCCAACAAGGGAUGACAGGGAUUCGGCAGAGAGAUCCAGAGUUACUCAAAUUGCUGCUGGAGCCUAUCAUAGUCUUGCCCUAGCAGGUGACGGGACGGUGUGGUCAUGGGGUUUCAAUGCCUACGGUCAGCUGGGUCGUCAAAGGGCCGCAUCCUAUCCUGCUCCAAUCACCUUCCCCCGUCCCAGCAGCUUCUCCUCAGACGAUUAUCGGGAGAAAACACCAUCUUGGAGCCAAGAUGCUCGGGAUCCGAACUCCACGCAGCUCAAGGUCAUACAAGUCGAAGCUAACGGUAUGAUGUCAAGUGCAAUCGAUCAAGAAGGUGGGUUAUGGCUCUGGGGGGCAGUUCCCCAUCCCGCGGCGCCAGACAAAAAGUCAGAGUCCAAUUCGUUCGAGCUCGCUAAUAUUAAUUAUCCAGAACGUGUUUCGGCACUGAUGGGACACUGUGUACGUCGAGUGGCUUGCGGGAGUGAGCAUAUUUUAGCGCUCGUAGCUGGCUGCAAUGGAGUUGAUUGCUAUUCUUGGGGAGGCAACGCAUAUGGCCAACUUGGUCUCGGCGACUUUGAGCCGCGUGACAUUCCUACAAAAAUCAAAAUGCAGCAGGUAGGAGUGAUAGUGGACUUUGCUUGUGGUUAUUACCACAGUGCUAUCGUCACUAUGCAAGAUGACGAUCAGGAGCUGGAUUCCGACAGCUCCUCCAUGGCGAGAAGAAUCCAGACUUCGCCGCAGCUGAUGGAGCAAGUCAUGGCGUCUCCAAAACUGCGAGGACGCGUAACACCCGACCAGUACAUGGAAUCUCUUGCUUCACCGCGGGUACGAUCCAAGCAGGGAUAUCAAGACGCACUUCCAAACAAUGGCUCCCGAAAUCAGAGCAGCUUCAGUAUCCACAGCGAUAGCAGCUCCCGGGCUUACUCGCAGAGCUCGGUGUCUAGCUGGGCGGGGAAUGGGUCAAGGACACAGGCUUCAAAGAGGGAGAGCGGAGGAGUUAGCGAUGGCGGGUUCUCCACUUGCUGGACCUUUGGGCAAAAUGAGAAUGGUCAGUUAGGUAUAGGCACUUGCACAAACUCAAAUUCUCCAGUCACAGUGGGAGCAUUACCUACUCGCGAGAGAAUACAGACCGUCGUGUGCGGACUGUUUCAUACCGCAGUUGUAAUGGAAUCUGGAGACGUCUGGGUUUGGGGAAUGGAAGGCGGUCUUGGACAAUGUCCGGGGAUUGGACCUCCAGGAUCGAAGAGCGGAGAUGCUCUCUCACCGGUGCGAGUUUUUGGAGAGUCGUCAGCUAAGUGCAAUCUAUUUUCGGGCUCCAAAGGGAUUGCAUGCGGCGCUGCGCACACUUUGACUGUUUCCGACGGUGGGAAAGAUCUCUGGGCCUGGGGUCGCGGCAAGAAUGGCGUCCUUGGCCUCGGGCAUCACUCUGAUAGCUGGUUCCCAAGUCCGGUGCUGUGGCCGCCGGGGCCGCAAUCCAAUGGCUCCAAGGAUCUGGACGUAGAAGGUAUGUAUGAUAUUCGCAGAUCUAGUCGCGCAUCCAGUAGGGGCGGCUCACGAGGUAGAGGCGACGAAAUCAGACCUUACGUUCGAGAAUUAGACGACAGCAAGCCUCCACGAAGCCAUUCCUUCUCUAGAUUACCAGUUGAGCAAUAUGUUCGCGAAGUGCAAGAGGUAGAGGUUGAAAGACCUCCUCGAGGUGUUUCAAAUAUCAGAAAAACCAUGGAAUCUCUAGGUCGGCCCACUAUCCGAGGAGAACGAGUGAUGGAAAUCCCGGGACGAACCUCACGAAGGGGAGAUCAGGGUAUGGAGUCACCGACUCGACCUUCAAGAAGAGAUCAUAUCUGGCCUCCAGUGCAGCCCGAGCCAGAGAAUUCUAGAAGCUUCGGCAGAGAAACAGUGUUUGAGUCAGGAACAGAGCCGUCGUCCACAAGUAUGAGAGCUUUCAAGUACCAGAUAGGAGGCGACUCGCACACAGUGGAGGACACAACUUCCAUGAAACUAGAGUUGGCCGACUGUUAUCGCUAUGCGGAGACCUUACAUGCUGCCAUUUACGGAGGACUGGAGACCUUCGCUCUUCAAUUACCUGGAAAUUAUUCAAAUUCUUACGUCCCCCGAUUCAAUGCCCAAAAUGCAAAUGGGUUUGGAGCAAAGAGCUCGGCACUGAAGGAGUGGCAGCAGCACGUCGAGGAUGCACCGCUUGACGAGUUGGUUAAGUUGGAGCAAUUCUAUAAAGGCAUGCGGAAUCGCUUGAAAGACAUUAUUUUUCAAAGGAAAAUGGAAGAUUGGUGUCGCCGCGCCAUGUCAGGCUUACCCGCUUCGUCUUACUCUGAGCCGCCUCCUGUCCGGGAGCCAUAUUCUGUGCAAAGCACACCUUACUUCGACGGGCCCGGAGAGCUGGCUUUACGAAUGUCAGGCAUAUUGAAUGACCGAGGCGAGAUGCUCCCCCCAGCUGCAUUAGCUGCUUCCAUCGGGGAAUUCCGAAUGCACUCUCAGCGCCGAAGAUAACCAUCGCCAUCACUUCAGUCCUCACGAAAACAGCAUUCGAACGUUGACGCGAUGAACAGUUGCCCUAAUCUGUUGGCCACCAAGUUUCUACAGCUCAUGAAUUUAUUCAGAAGACUAAUUUUGCGUCCAGCUAAUACCGAAAUGCUCAAACGAUCCCAGAAAUGUUGUCAGUGGGGAUACUUUAGCAGUGGCAGGAUGAACAUUACGAUUCAUCACUCGGCAGAUUGUAAUGCAACUUUUUCUUGCGAUCAAUGGUGGGAUCUGCUGUCACGACGAGCCUGAGAACAUGUGGAACCGUGAAGAGCCUGCUGCUGGCGAUUGAUCUUUUACUAAGGCGCACUUUAUUCAGUGACGACUGCUGCUAUAUUUGGUAGCCAGUUAUCCCGUGCCUUGUAGUUAAGUUCUUAGUCUAACUCCGAAGAAGUUCAAUCUGUAACGAGUUUUGCAGUCAUGGAGAGCGUCGAGGUUACGUCUAAAGAGAUUAGGCAGAGACCCUUCCCCGGGAAUCUCAAGGCCGAGGUUACAAGUUCGAUAUUGUACGUGUACUACCUCAGUAUUAGCACCCACUCGCGAAGUUCCUGGUUUACUCGCAUUCAUCACAAAGUAGGACAACUGUAAAUGUCUCAAAAUGAUCUGAAAUGUAAUGUAUUGCACUGCAGUGCAAUUUCGCGGCGCAUGCUUGAA